AUUGAGACAUAUUAUAUAUGUAGGGAGAAGGUUGAUGAAAAUGAAAUUGGGAUAUUCACUUCCAGUGAUGUGCAUGAUUUUGUUCUGCUAUAUUCUAUGUUGUAGCCUUUUGAUGAGUCAUUGUCAUGGCGUUGUAGAAGCAGCAAAGGCAUUAAAAAGCAAUGAAGAUCUUGAAAUAGAGCAAAAACUUGAGCUUAUCAACAAACAUACGGUUAAAAUCAUAAAGUGUACUAAUGGUGAACGAUAUGGGUGUGUGGAUUUCUACAAACAACCAGGACUUGACCACUCAUUGAUGAAGAACCACACAUUUCACCAUAAGAUGCGUUUGAUGUCAUACCCCGAAGGAUCAAAAAUUAAAAAACAGACACAUAUUAACAAAACAUUUGGUCACUUUUGGAAGAAUGGCGUAGGUCGUCCUAUUGGUACAGUUCCUAUACUUUUAGUCAGCAAAGAAGCUCUUUUGAAAAUGAAAUCUUUUGAUGGUGAUAAUUCUAAUCCCCAAAGUUCGUGGAGUAAAACCUAUAAACCUACGUCUUCUAAUGGAGGUCAUCAUUUUGCUGUGGUGCGUACUACGAAAGGAAAACCAAGGAGAUAUAAUGGAGUGGCUAUGAACAUUAAUUCAUUCAAUCCUCCAGUUGGACCUAUGGAAUUCAGUGCUGGUCGGAUGCAUUUUCAAAUUGGAAAUGAAUUCGUCCAAGUUGGUUGGACCGUACACCCACAAUUAUAUCACGACUUCAACUCACGGCUGUUCAUAUAUACUAAUUCAGGAGGACAUGGGUGUUAUAAUCCCUUAUGUCCGGUCGGAUCCGGAAUAAUACUAGUCAGUCAUGAAGUUACUCCUGGUUUACUUACCAAGCACAACGAUUUCGAACUCUCCAUAAUUAAGGACAAAAUAUACGGGCAUUGGUGGCUUUUGAUGGGUAACAGUAGCAGCUCAACUUGGAAAGAAAUUGGGUUCUGGCCAACACAUAGGUUCAAAGAAAGUUUUGGUACAGGUGUCGAAUGGGGUGGUGAAGUCUAUAGCCCUGCGUCUACAAGUCCUCCUAUGGGUAAUAGUCAUUUUCCGAAGGGGAGCCCCAAAAUAGACUCAUAUGUCCGUUUGAUCACGACUUGGGACGAAAAUUAUGGUUUGGACAUGGUUGUGAAAAACACAGAGAGAUUUUCAAACAGUUGUUAUAAAGUGAAAGAUGCACAGAGUCGUUUUGGCCAGAUGUAGGUCAUCUUAUCGUUUAUGGAGGCCCCAGGUGUACAUAAACUUUGUUAGUGCGUAGCAUUAUUCCAAAAUUGUAGUAUCUGAAAAUGUUCAAAAUAAAUCAAGAGAAUUACGUUCUUACUAU